AUGGUGUGUGGGGAGACAUUGAAAGAGCCCAGGGAGUUCGAGCCCAGGCUGUGGAGUCCUGCUUCCCCAAAGUGGCGGUGCUGCACCCCUCUGCCCAGCCCCACUCCAGGUCAGGCCCCCCGGACACAGAGAUGCCACUGCUUCUCCAGAGCAGACCCCACCACCAACGCUGCAGCACCCCACCCUGCCCCACAACAAUCAUGCCUUCCAACACUAGAACAAACUGUUCAGAACAUAAAACAAGAAUAUAGUCCUUAUCAGAGGUGGAGACAUUUAGAAGCUGUUCUGAAUCAGAGUGAAGCUUGUACUUCGGAAAGUCAGCCUCAUUCCUCAGCACUCACAGCCCCUAGUUCUCCAGGUUCCUCCGGGAUGAAGAAGGACCAGCCCUCUUUUCCCCUCCAACAAGUCAGAAUAAUAUGUGAGCAUGUCUUAAAAGACUAUGAAGAGAAAAUUCGGGAGGAGUAUGAGCAAAUGCUCAACACCAAACUAGCAAAACAAUAUGAACCUCUUGUGAAAUGCACAUAUGAUCAGAUUAUGUGA